AUGGAUGUGAAGAGUGCUUUCCUACAAGGAGAACUGGAAGAUGAAGUCUAUACUCCUGGCCUAGAACCUAGUAAAUCCUGGAAAGAUCAUACUCUCUUCACACUCACCAGCAAGCAAGGAAUUGUUGUGAUCUUAGUAUAUGUGGAUGAUAUCAUCAUCACAGAGAGUGACAAAGAAGGUAUACUCCUAACGAAAGCUUUCCUUAGAUCAUCUUUUGAUAUCAAAGACUUGGGAGAGUUAAAGUACUUUCUAGGGAUUGAGAUAUGCCGAUCCAAGGAUGGGCUAUUCUUAUCCCAAAGAAAGUACACACUUGAUCUUCUGAAUGAGGCAGGUGAUCUAGAAGGAAGAGCAGCCAAGACUCCACUAGAAGAUGGGUAUAAGGUGCUGCGUGAGGGGGAGAUUGAAGACAAGCCCUAUGCAGAUGUUAAACACUAUAGGAGAAUGGUGGGAAAACUGAUAUACGUCACUAUCACCAGACCGGAUGUAUGCUUUGCAGUUAACCAAGUAAGCCAGCAUAUGCAAGCUCCCAAGAUACACCAUUGGAACAUGGUUGAGAGGAUCCUAAGGUACCUAAGAGAGGCGCCAGAGAAAGGAGUAUAG